CUCGUGUAUAUAUAUAUACGGGAAAUGGGUGCAUGUGUGGAACAAAAGAAGUGUGUAUCCAAUACAUAUAAAGUCAUGGGAGAAGAAAGUAACGCUCCUUUGCUAGUGUCGAGAGGUGAUAAUGAGUGGAGCAAUAUCCAUGAUGCGAGUCUCGGGCGAAGGUUCAUGGCCGAGUCAAAGCUGCUUUGGCGUAUAGUGGGUCCCGCAAUAGUGAGUCGACUCGCUUCCUACUCGUACAAUGUCAUCACCCAAGCCUUUGCCGGACACCUUGGCGACACCGAAUUCGCCGCCAUUUCUAUCCUCAUCAGCGUCAUCACCGGUUUUGAUUUCGGCCUCUUGUUGGGAAUGGCUAGUGCACUAGAGACACUGUGUGGGCAGGCGUACGGCGCCGGCCAGUACCACAUGCUGGGGAUAUACAUGCAGCGCUCGUGGAUUGUGCUAAUUGGGGUUUGUAUAAUCCUUCUCCCGCUCUACGUGUUUGCGGGCCCACUUCUUCUGCUGCUGGGCCAGCCCAGGGAAGUGGCUGAGCUGGCGGGACAGCUGGCGUUUUGGCUGAUCCCACUCCACUUUGCCUUCGCUUUUAUAUUCCCACUGCAGAGGUUUCUUCAGUGUCAGCUGAAGAAUGCGGUGUACUUGUGGUCGGCGCUGGCGGGGCUUGUGGUACACGUGGCAGUCAACUGGUUGUUUGUUAGAGUGUGGGGUUUGGGGGCUGUGGGGGCCACCGCUACCCUUAAUAUAUCGUGGUGGGUUUUUAUAUUAGGGAUGCUUUUCUACACCACGUGCGGUGGAUGCCCGGAGACUUGGAACGGAGUCUCUGUGGAGGCAUUUUCGGGUCUAUGGGAUUUUUUGAAAUUAUCCGCUUCCUCUGGGGUCAUGCUCUGUCUGGAGAAUUGGUACUACAGAAUAUUGGUAUUGAUGACCGGAAACAUGAAGGAGGCUGCAGCUAUUGCAGUUGACGCAUUAUCCGUUUGCAUGGCUAUAAAUGGUUGGGAGAUGAGCAUUCCACUCUCAUUCUUUGUAGGAGCAGGUGUAAGGGUGGCUAAUGAGCUUGGUGCCGGAAAUGGAAAGGCGGCGAGAUUCGCAACCAUAGUAUCAGUGGUGACGUCAACAGCAAUAGGUUUGGUUAUGAUGGCCAUUGUUUUGAUUUUCCACAAAACAAUUGCGCUCUUUUUCUCCUCAAGCAAACCCGUGCUUGACUCGGUCAACGGGAUGACAGUCCUAUUGGCUUUGACCAUUCUCCUCAACAGUGUUCAGCCAGUUCUCUCUGGUGUGGCUGUGGGGUCGGGAUGGCAAGCACGUGUGGCCUAUAUUAACAUUGGCUCAUAUUAUAUGGUUGGCCUUCCACUUGGGAUCGUGAUGCAGAGGGUUUUUGACUUGGGUGUUAUGGGAGUAUGGGGUGGAAUGAUUUUUGGUGGAACCGCGCUUCAAACUCUAAUUUUAGUCUUCAUCACCUGGAGAUGUGAUUGGGAUAAAGAGGCAGAGAGGGCUACCCAACACGUGAAAAAGUGGUCGCAAGUUUAAUGAAAUCCAGAGUUAGAUUAAAAAGCUCUGACAAUAAGAAUAACAAAUCCAUGUGAUUUUAUAGUUUUUGAAAAAGGAUUAACGAAUGAGUUCUACAAAUCCAAGUAUUUUAUGUUUCAUGUUAUGUAUGUUAUGGACAAAGCUGAAUCGGAUAGGGCGAAUCCAAUCCCAAGCUCGAUCACUAGGACUUCAUUACUCAGUCUCUUAUUUAUAUUUGAGUUGGAAUUUCAGUACUUUAAAAUCUUCGUUAAGCGGUGAAUAAGUUAGAAAUUUUAUUUUCAAUUGUUUCCUGAUUGUUCGAUCACUCGAUGACAAGAAGAAAAAAAUGGAAAAGAAAAACUGAGCUGAACCAAGUAAAAAUGGAAAAGAAAAACUGAGAUAAUUUUUUA